CCCGCCCCACAGUCCUGGCCAGCGUCCCGGUGCGCACGGACGUGGCUCGAGUUUCCUCCGCUCUGGGCUCCUGCUCGCUCUCCCCUCUCUCGCUCCUCCUUCUCUCCCAGUCUCCCGCUCCAACUCCACCCGGCCGGCCCCGCACGGCUCCGGGAAGCCAUGGAGGAUGUCACGCUCCAUAUCGUCGAGCGGCCGUAUUCCGGAUUUCCCGAUGCCUCCUCCGAGGGCCCGGAGGCUAUCCCAGGGGAGGCACCGGCCACGGAGGAGCCGUCGGGGACUGGCUCUGACGAGCUGAUCAAGUCGGACCAGGUAAACGGUGUACUAGUGCUGAGCCUUCUGGAUAAAAUCAUCGGCGCCGUUGACCAGAUCCAGCUGACCCAAGCCCAGCUGGAGGAGCGACAGGCGGAGAUGGAGGGUGCCGUGCAGAGCAUCCAGGGCGAGCUGAGCAAGCUGGGCAAGGCUCACGCCACCACGAGCAACACGGUGAGCAAGCUGCUGGAGAAGGUGCGCAAGGUCAGCGUCAACGUGAAGACGGUGCGCGGCAGCCUGGAGCGCCAGGCCGGCCAGAUAAAGAAGCUGGAGGUCAACGAGGCGGAGCUGCUGCGCCGCCGCAACUUUAAAGUCAUGAUCUACCAGGAUGAAGUCAAGCUGCCCGCCAAACUCAGCGUCAGCAAGUCGCUGAAGGAGUCGGAGGCGCUGCCGGAGAAGGAGGGUGACGAGCUGGGCGAGGGCGAGCGGCCCGAGGAGGACGCCGCGAUCGAGCUGUCCUCCGACGAGGCGGUGGAGGUGGAGGAGGUCAUCGAGGAGUCCCGCGCCGAGCGCAUCAAGCGCAGUGGCCUGCGGCGCGUGGACGACUUCAAGAAGGCCUUCUCCAAGGAGAAGAUGGAGAAGACCAAGGUGCGCACGCGCGAGAACCUGGAGAAGACGCGCCUGAAGACCAAGGAGAACCUGGAGAAGACGCGGCACACGCUGGAGAAGCGCAUGAACAAGCUGGGCACGCGCCUGGUCCCCGUGGAGCGACGCGAGAAGCUGAAGACGUCGCGCGACAAGCUGCGCAAGUCCUUCACGCCCGACCACGUGGUGUACGCGCGCUCCAAGACCGCCGUCUACAAGGUGCCGCCCUUCACCUUUCACGUCAAGAAGAUCCGCGAGGGCGAGGUGGAGGUGCUGAAGGCCACCGAGAUGGUGGAGGUGGGCCCUGAUGACGACGAGGCUGGCGCGGAGCGCGGCGAGGCCACCGACCUGCUGCGCGGGAGCAGCCCCGACGUGCACACGCUGCUGGAGAUCACCGAGGAGUCAGACGCCGUCCUGGUGGACAAGAGCGACAGCGACUGAGCAGGACUCUCGGGGGGCUCUGCCCUGGAGGCCGGCGCCUGACCCUGCCGCUCCCUGACCCCCCACCCCUGCCCAGCUCCUUUCUCUUUUCAAACUUUCUAUUUCGCAUUCUCCUCAGCCCCAGUCUGGUUGAGCUUUUUCUAAGCUGAAAACACAUCCCUUGGAAGAGCGCCCCAUUCAGAGCACAAGCCUUAGGCCGAAGGGAGGUGGGCUCCCACAAUGGACAGCCUCAAUCUGGACACAGUCUGGGUAGGAAGUGGGAAGAAUGGCCCAUGUCCAGGCUGUCCUGGUCUAGGACGCCUUUUCUUAGCUCUCUUAGUUGGGUCCUGUCGGGGUAUCUGCCUCCCCCUCGGCCUCUCCACCACAGCUUCAUACUCAGCGGCACCAUUCCCGCUUCCUGAGCUGUUCUAUCUUAGCCGCAUCCCAGGAGACGCUAAAGCCAAAAUAUCUGCAAGAGGAAAGAGUGAAUCCUAAAGACAACCCUUGUAGGGACAGCCUUUUAGUGCUAGCUUGCUAUCUCAGCUACCUGGGAGGCUGAGGCGGGAGAAUUGAAAAUUCAGGGCCUGUCUGGGCUAUAGAGUGAGUUCAAAGCCAGCCCAAGUAAUUCAAUGAGACCCUGUUUCAAAAUAAGAAGAGAUGGCUGGGGUGUAUCAGUGAGAGAGCCCAUGCUUAGAAGGUGGUCGGAGCAAUUCAGAAUACCAUGAAGAAAGAAAAUGUGUCGGGAGACCUUUGCUCCCAUGGGAGGUAUCCCACUGGAAGACCUGAGGGCCUUUGGGGGAACCUAAGUCAAUAGGGUGGGGUGGAGGCAGAGUGUGCCUUGACCCUGGAUAAAGGUCCUACCAAAGUAAGCAGGGGGCGGCAAGCAGAGCCCAGGAAAAGAUGGGAUGUGUGUGUGUGUGUGUGUGUGUGUGUGUGUGUGUGUGUGUGUGUGUGUGGACAUGUACAAGUCUACAAAAUCUGCACACAGGAGCACAUGAGUAUGGCUUUGGGAAGAAAGGGGAAAAUAGGAGAAAGUUGAAAUGGAAUAAGAAAGAAAUGCCCUCAUUAGCAACACAAAGAAACUGAAGCAAGAACCCCACUUUCAUAGGGUCUUAGGACGUAGAAUGGCUUCAGGAAUAGGAGGGCAGUGAAUUCUAGAAAGUGUCUUCCAAAGGGAGGUAAGCCAGGGUCUGGGAACUGCCUUCUGGGAAGCCUAGUUUUCCAAGCCCAGAAAAUUAGGAUUCCAGCAGGGGGCAGCAGCAAGCUGUGGAGAAUUGGCAAUUCCGGUGGGAAGUAAGAGAGCAAGCGAGCAAGGUGCUAAGGGCCGGCGCCCCAGCCCAGAGCAGAGAUUCCCAGGGGAACUGGGGAAGCAGGGCUUGCUGACUUGUCCACCCCAGUUCCCUUCCAGCAGCUUCUAGUGUGGGUCUUUCCCUAGUAAAGCUGCAGAACUUGCCAAGACCUCCGUAAGUUCCUUGCCUUUGGGGGCACCUUACCUGAGAGUUUGGCGGGCGGGGGUUGCUGCUUCUUGUUGGAGGCUUCAUUUCUAUAGUCAUUGACCAGGUUUUCUCCUGAGGGCACAGUGGUCCCCCCUUUCCCUACCCAUUAAAGGCUAGUCAGGAGCAAAGACAACACCUCCCGCAAAUGAUGGCUAGAGGCGGCUUCCUUCUCCCCUCCUACCUAGCUUCCCUGCUUUGCUUUUUAGAAUUGCAGCUAAUUGAUAUUUGGGGGGAGGUGUUGGGGGGGUGAAACCACAAACCUUUUAUACAAUACGAAGCUUUGCGGGUUUUUUUUUUUUUAAUUUUUAAUUUUCCUUUUUUUUCUUGGUUCCCUUCCCUCCUCCGAGUGAUUGAAGACACACCGCUGAGGAGGGCGGGAAAUGUAGGAUGAGGUCCCUUGGUGCUGGUGGGCGGAAGGGGCCUAAGUCGUGGGCAGAUACAGUUUCCUGUGGGCUCUAGGGGAGCUCCUCAUGUUGCUGUGUUCUGGUGAGCAGCCGGACCAAUAAACCUGCUUUUCUAAAAGGA